AUGGCCUUGGCCUCCUCCGUCUUUGAAACCCUCGGCACCAAGCUUGGCUAUGUCGCCUCCAGCGCGUUGUUUCUUCUCUUCGCGGCUGGGCUAUGGUCGACAAAGCAGGCGUGGCAUCUCGCCAGCAGGUACCCAUUGCUCGGCGGCGAAUACGGCGGCGCCGGCAAAAGGGGCAAGGCGUACCUGUCCCAUGCGGCGGCCCUCUUCGAUCAGGGAUAUCGCCAGUUCAAGACGGCCACCUACCGUCUCACAACUCCCGAUGGCGAUCAUCUCAUUGUGCCCAACUGCUACCUCGACGAAUUGCGACGCCGGCCAGACAACGAGCUGGAUGUUCUGAAGGCCUUCGAGAAGACGUUUGAGAACAACCAUGUCCGGCUGUUCCCGUCCAAAGAGAAGACCAUCAUCAUCAACAACGUCGUCAAGGUCGACUUGACCAGGAACCUCGGGCGAAUCAACCCGCGCCUCUCGGACGAGGUCGCGCGCACGGUGGCGUCGGAGCUCGCGGGCUGCGAUGGCGCCGAGUGGACACCCGUCGUGCUGAGCGGGGUGCUGCUGCGCAUCGUGGCCGUCGUGUCGGGCAACAUCUUCCUGGGGCCCGAGCUGUGCCGCGAGGCCGAGUACAUGCACUGCGCGGUGCAGUUCACCGUCGACCUGGUAGCGGCGUCGGCCGCGCUCAAGCGCUGGCCCGCCUGGCUGCGGUCCGUCGCCGCCGCCACGCCCCUCGUGCCCCAGGUCGCCCGCGUGCACGAACACCGCAGGCGCAUGAAGGCGUUUCUGCGACCCGUCAUCGAGCAGCGGCGGAUGGAUAUGGAAAGGAGGCGCAAGGCUGACGAUGCAGAUGCAGUGCCGCCGCCAGCGGACGAUCUGUUCCAGUGGCUCAUGGAGAAGUCGGCGGCGAGUGGCGUUACCGACGCCGGCGACCUGACUGACAUGCUACUGCUUGUCCUGUUGGCUGCGAUCCACACGACCUCGUUGGCCGUGACGAAUCUUUUCUAUGACCUUGCCAUACGGCCUGAGGUGGUGGAGGAGCUGCGCGGCGAGAUCAAGUCUGUCCUGGCCGACAGCGGCGGCGUCAUGACGACACAGGCGCUUUACGACAUGAAGCUGGUCGACAGUGUCAUGCGCGAGUCUCAGAGACUGACCCCCCCGUUUAUUGAUGCCUUCCGGCGGUACGCAAUGCAGCCCAUCACGCUUCAGAACGGCGACCGCAUUCCCAAGGGGACGUACAUCGAGACGGCCAACACGGCCGUGCUGCGAGACCCGAGCCUUUAUCCGAGCCCCGAUGUCUUCAACCCCCGCCGCUUCUCGGCGCUCCGCGAACCCGACGUGCCGGACCCGCUAGGGUACAAGAACCGCGAACAGUACCAGUACAUCAGCGUGACCAAGGAGAAUAUGAGCUUCGGCUUCGGGCGGCACGCGUGCCCGGGCCGCUACUUUGCGGCCAACGAGAUCAAGAUGAUCCUGGCACAGCUACUGCUGCAGUACGACAUCCGGAUGCCCGACGGCGAGUCAGAGCGGUACCAGAGCAUCUGGAGCGGUGUCGUCAUUGCCCCGGACCCGACCAAGGCGCUUCUCUUCCGUCGCGUUGCGGCGUGAGGCACAGCUCGGGAAGCAGCCAAAAGGGCGGUUCUAGACAAUGCAGGGGUUUUGAAAAGCAGAACAAACAAAGUUAUAAGAUAGCUAAUAAGGGG